UUUAUUGGAAAAAAGAAAAAAGAAUUCUUGCAUUGGCUGAUAAAGAAGUCAAAACCGCUUCUUCUGGCUGCGGAAAAUCAAAAUUUCAGUGAAAGGAAUGUGGAUCGUUGGUUGGAUGUGCUUAACGCUAGCUGCUGUGGUGAGUGCUUCGUCCCAGGAUCCCCUUCUGGGUACUGCCCGUGUUGUUUUCCAGACAAACUAUGGAGACGUUGAAUUUGGAUUCUUUCCUAAUGUGGCACCUGUGACCGUUGAACACAUUUUCAAGCUUGUCCGUCUGGGUGGUUACAAUACGAAUCACUUUUUCCGGGUCGAUAAGGGCUUUGUUGCCCAAGUGGCGGAUGUUGCAAGUGGAAGAUCAGCUCCUAUGAAUGAAGAGCAACGUAGGGAAGCAGAAAAGACUAUUGUUGGUGAAUUCAGUGAUGUCAAGCAUGUGAGGGGUAUUCUUUCUAUGGGCAGAUAUUCCGAUCCAAAUAGCGCACAAUCCUCAUUUUCAAUACUUCUUGGAGAUGCUCCUCAUCUUGAUGGCCAGUAUGCGGUAUUUGGUAAAGUUACUAAAGGUGAAGAGACGCUGAAAAAGCUGGAGAAUCUCCCUACUCAUAAGGAGGGAAUAUUUGUAAUGCCAAAUGAGCGCAUCACGAUUCUUUCGUCAUACUAUUACGAGUUGGAGAGUUGUGAAGAGGACAGAUCGAUUCUGAAAAGAAGACUUGCUGCAUCUGCUUUAGAAAUUGAAAGACAGAGGAUGAAAUGCUUCCCAUGAUUAUGGAAGAGCAUGAUUAGAAGGAAGUGACAGUAUGAUUUGUGCAAGUUAUGGAAGUCUUCGAAUGCUUGUGUAAUCAUAAACUUCAUAGCUACCAAUUCUUAAAAUCCUUGCAGUCCUGCUAUUAGAAUAGGAUUUUCUUCAAAGAAAAGAAAUUAUGGCAAGGGGGGAUGAAUCAUAAAUGCCAGUUAAAUGAGUGUAAACCUAUUUAUAUAUUUUUAAUUUUUUUAAAAUUUGUUCACCGUUGUACGAGCUCCAAUAAAUGUAGCAGAAACCCAAAUUUGUGAUUAGUACAAAAAUGGGAGUUGAGAGGGGUUGCAAAUUUUAUC